UUGCCAUCUCUCUUAUCCUCUCCCGCACUCUAUUUCGCUCCAUAUCUCUCCCACGUCAACAUUAUUAUUAACAAUCUAGCUCGACGAUAAAGACCAGCUAUGCUGGCCUCCUUCUCAUCGCUUCUCCCAUCCGGUAUUGGCUUCGGUGGGAAUAAGGACGAGCGUGAGCGCGAGAGACAGGACAAAGAACGUGAAAGGGAGCGCGCCACCGAGGAGGAAACUCCGCGCCCAAAUGACAACGAUGGUAAGCUGAAAGACAAUGCUGUCGACGAGCAAGGUGUCAAGAAGAAGCGGGAGCGUAAUCCGAACGAGACGUUCAUCGUCGUGCGACCGCCGCCGUCGGUGUCAAAUCAUCCGCUCAAUUUACAGCUUCAGCUAGUCCCACCUCAAGCGAAGGAGCGAUCCGUCUCUGGAACAUCUUCCGCUUCCGGUCUGUCGAACAUGUCAAAUCGUGCUUCUGUAGACUACUCUGCUCAAGCGCCCGAAGAAGGCGGUGAGACGCUCUCACGCGCCGAAUCAUUGCACUCAAGCAGUUCCAAUCUGACCUCAUUCUACGCGUCAUCCUCGUCGGUGUCUAUGUCUUCAAUCGCGUCGUCUGCCUCCACGACCUCGGCCGGAGGUGGCCGCCGCAUGAUUGUGCCACUGUAUAAUCUUAGCGCGCAUAAUGUUAUGACUAACACUGUACUUGACGCCGGUACCGACGCAAAGGUCGCAAAGUUUCACAAACGAAGUAUGGAGGUACUUGGACUCGCCAUUCUCGAAUGUGUCGAGGUCUGGCCGAGCUACGGGCGCAGGGGGACGGGCCAUAUCGCGUUCCUGAGCGCAUCAAAUGGAGCAAACGCCGGCGCUGCCGCUGGUACACUUGACGCCGAACCUCAGGCCGUGACGCCAACUUCCUCGGCAAUCUCGCUCUCUUCAGCGGGUUCGCACCCGCCACAUGUGCAUACAACACCUACGCAGGCGACGUCGAAGGCAGCGACGUCAUCCAGUUACACAUCUCGAGGCAGCGUCACGCCGACGCCGUCACAAUCUGGCGCCAAGCGUAUUUUUGGCAAGAUAUUCAAGAAACGGGAUGGUCAAGGCACAGAUAUUGCCGAAUCCGGCGGAUCACAUUCGCGAAGCGGUUCCGUGACAAUUGACAUCCGAGGUCUGGUGGUUGCGUCGCCUCCUGGCAGCGAAUCCGGUCACGGGUCGGGCUUUAGUCCUGUUGGUGCAAGUAAGCGUCGGUCACUCAACGCGUCCUCUCCGACGCCAUCGCACUUCACUAUACCGCCAGUUCCGGGUCAACCAUCAGGCACCCAACCGUUCUUACAGCCGGCAAUUCUCGGCAUACAGCCGACCCUAUCUGCACCAUCACACCCCCCUGCUGGUCGUCCAACACGAUACGUGUGGAUAGUGCGGAAAUGGCUCAAAGGAUCUGAAGGCGGGCUGCUCGGCGGUGUCAUGCGCGGCGUGGGUAUGGUGGGUGCUGGCAUUGGCAUGUCCGGCUUGGCCGAACGCGCUGGCGGAGGCAUUCCAGGUUCAUCUAUGGGUUCCAGUGGGAAUGGAAUCGAUGCAGGCGUGGAAGUGCGAUUUGAGUGGGUUCGGGGGCAAUCGAAGAGCCAGGAAAAAGGAAGACGACGUAAGAGCGCUGGGCAAGCGGCCCUCGGGAAGCGCGGUAGUACGAAUUUCUCGCAGGAGGAAGGCGGCGCCUCGCGUUCCCGAAGAAGUCUUGCGACUGAAGUGCCUGGUGGACGUCAAGAGAAAAGUAGAAGUCGUGCUCGAAAGGCAGAUGCAGCGUCCGGGGCUGGACCUACAACACCCCGUAUGUCUGGUGAAUCAAAACGAUCGGUUGAGCAGGCUUCGCGUGAUUCGCGGACGAACUCGUUAACUAGUGCGAGUUUGUCCGAAGAGGCGCAGGCUGCACUACGAGGAAGUGCUAUAGAAGAGGACGAUGGAGAGGAGAGCGACCCUGAAGAUUCGGAAACACCUUGGUCGUGCACGGUCGUUGUGUCAAGCAUGCCCUCCAAUCCCUCGAAAUUAUGGGAAUAUGAGCCUGUUGAAUUACAUCAUCCUCUUGGAAAAGAACACUCCCGACGCUCUCAAAUCAGUAGCACAUAUGAAGGAUCUUCCUCUGCCGGGACUGCGACCGCGGUUCCUCCUACUUCUACUUCAAGUGACGCGCAAAUUCCGCCUCCGCCACCGCCAAAAUCCCGACCAGAUGCACCGGGAACGCUUCUCAGGCUCAAAGUCGGUGCGCUCUCGCCAGCACCGCACCACCCCAAAGUCGUCGCACAACUCAAGGUACCCUACCCACUACCUGAUAUCGAAGUUGCACGUGCGCGACUUCGACGGAGGGUUCUUACACCCGCUGGAGUUGCUCGGCCUGUCUCAUCGCGUCCUGGGACGUCUGGAGCUGGUGGUGGUGAUCGGGACGAACGAGAUCGCCCGCGAACGCGGAGUAUGUUCGGCGGUAAUGGUGGGAGUAAUGGGGGAGGAGGAGGGCCUGAUGAUGAAGGUUUGAUAUUAACUGCGGAAGAGAUUAAGGACGUGCUUAGUUGUACGGCGUUUUGGAUUGUCGUACGGGAGGGAUUUGGGGGUGUUGGGAAGGUUAAUCGGAAGGGUGAUGGGUGGCGAAUUCGAGGGUGAUAGUAUGGAUUUCCUGGAAUACUCUUUUUCCCUAUCUAUAUGGGCUCCUUCCUUGGAAAAGUUCACCAUGUUUUGGGUCUUUUUGGUCUCCUCCUAUUACGUAUGCAUGUAACGAUGUAUUACUUUUCUUUUCUUUUUGUCUUGGUAUAUCGUAUACUGUGUUACAAGUGCACAUCUUACUUUACGACCCUUCAUGACCCCCAUUGUUUCGUUUUAAAUGUUUAUCCCGUUCUCGUUCGUCUAUUAUCUCUAUACAUAACCUCACCUCGAACGGAAUGGGAUAUGACAUCUCUCUCCUUGUUCUCUUUCCUUUCUAGCUCGUCAUCUUGGUAUCUGUAUGGGAACUUAAUUACUGGAAUAUAAUCAAUCUUGC